UAUCCGACAGUCGAGCCUCGGAUAACUUUAAAGCUCGACUAAAGUAUUUAAUUUUCGAACGAACGAACCUCGAUCUACAGAGAACGAUUCGAUUAAUGUUUAUAUAUGUGCGAUUAUUUCUGUUGCCUUUUUAUUUGAACGUUUUGGUGCGUUUUUUUUUUUUGGAGAAAUGGAUUGUCUCGAUCAAAAAGAUAUCACCCACUUCCUUGCACAGGAGUUAUUUUAUCAUCAGUUUAUAACACUAGAGGGUUUAAAUUCGGGUGUUCCAACAAGGACAACUCCAACACUGACUCCCACAACAUUAAGAAACAUAGAACAAACCUUUAUUGAGCUUCAGUCAAAACCAGAAACUCAUGAAAACGAAGCUGGAUUCGUACCUCCACUAGUUCAUGCAGUUGGUAAUAAUCAGUAUAUAUCGGCAUCGGAAGCUGAUACCUAUUCAAACAAAUCGCAGAAUAUGUGGCAAAGUUCAUUGUCCCAGUCUGGUUCGGAUUGUGAUACUAGAUCCACACCUCCUUUGUCUAAGAAAUCUGGAAGACACAUAAUUCCAGGACAAAACCGUCGCAAUAUGGGCGGACGCAAACCCGCCAAAGAUCUCAAUUGCAGCCCAGAAGAAGAAGAAAGACGGCGAAUUAGAAGGGAACGCAAUAAAGCUGCAGCUGCCAGAUGUAGAAAACGCCGAGUGGACCACACUAAUUCGCUUAUUGCAGAAACCGAAGAAUUAGAGCAUAAAAAGCAGUGCUUGCAAGAGGAACUGCAAGAGUUGCAACAGAUGAAGGAACAAUUAGAUUAUAUCUUAGAGUCGCACAAGGCCACUCCCCAUUGCCGUCUGCAUACUCAGAGCCCGCCGGACAUUAAGCCGUUCAAUAACAACAUUUUCAGCGACAGGAACGACAACGAACGGGUCAAGACGGAGCUAAUCGAGCCGCUGGGACCCAACGAUAUAUUUUUGUUGCCAUCCUCCACGAAGAAAGUUAUGUUAAGUUCGACAGUGCCUAUAUCCAAGCCGAGCAGACCGAAUUCUUUGAACGUGGGAGCCACGGCUCCCCUGUCCAAGAACAAUAUCACCGAAAUAGCAGGUGUGCCAAUUUCGACCCCCUCGACGGGAAUGACCUUCAAUUUCGAAUCUCUCAUGGGCGGCGGCACCGGGCUCACGCCGGUGUCGGCCCCGCUGGUGCCUUCAUGCAGUACGCAACAACGAAACGUUCCCGCCAACAUGGGCGAUCUCUCGUCCCCGGACGCCUGCGGCCCCCCCAAGCUGGUCAGCCUCUGAGUAAUUUUAGAAUGUUGUGCAGUGUACGUUCACGAAUAGUCCAAUUUUGAUACUACUACAAUAUUUUGAAAAUAUUAUUAUUUGAUUAAAAAUGUUCUACUAGCGUUCCCGCUAUGAUUAAAUUUACCACUUCUAUACGAAAAUUUGCAUAUAUAUUAUAGAUAUAUACAUAUAUAUAUUCUUGGAUAAGCAUUUACGUGUUUACCAUACUUAGCGGUAAGUGUAUAAGUUUAAAACAAACCAAAAAUAUUUAUUACUUUAUAGUCGCUAGUAAAGUUAUCCUUUUGUUAUAUCUUUUUAUUUAACGAUGACUCGCCGAGUGGCAGUAGCGCUAACAACAAGUGAAUAGGAAAGUAAUAAAACAUGGACCAUAAGUAUCGAUAAAUUGCUCAAAAAUUUUUGUUACGCUACUCCAGGUUUAUUCUUUUUGCUAGGAACCAAGAAAUGCCUUUUUUAAGAGAUAUUUGUAUGUUUUCACUUAACGAUAUUCCCUCCAUACAUUUUUUUAUAAAUUAUAUUAAGAAAAUAUAUUUUCUAGUAUUGAAAAUUA